AUUCCCUUCUCCCUCCCAUGCUAGCAAGUUGAGUUACCUUGCUAGCGAAGCAAGACCCUUUAAAUUCAGUUUGUAGUUAGUUAUUAUGAAUAGGUUAAUUUAAACGGCAUAAUUUCAGAUUGUUUUCAUAAACUUGAUUAGAAUCCAAGUAACACAAUGAACAUACGAAACGCAAGGCCGGAGGACCUUAUGAACAUGCAGCACUGUAAUUUGCUAUGUCUUCCAGAAAACUAUCAGAUGAAAUACUACUUUUAUCACGGAUUGUCCUGGCCUCAGCUCUCAUACAUAGCUGAAGAUGAAAAUGGUAAAAUUGUGGGAUACGUGCUGGCAAAGAUGGAGGAGGACCCAGAUGAUGUGCCUCAUGGACAUAUCACAUCACUGGCAGUAAAACGAUCCCACAGACGUCUUGGUCUGGCCCAGAAGCUGAUGGACCAGGCCAGCCGGGCCAUGAUAGAAAACUUCAAUGCUAAAUAUGUCUCACUUCAUGUACGCAAAAGCAAUCGAGCGGCUCUGCAUCUAUACUCGAACACACUCAAGUUUCAGAUUAGUGAAGUAGAGCCAAAGUAUUAUGCGGAUGGAGAGGACGCCUACGCCAUGAAGAGAGACCUGGCACAUAUGGCCGAUGAGCUGAGGAAACCUGGAGUCCGUGUGUCGAGUCAAGACGUCCCGUCUGGCCAGAGCCCAUCAGGCUCCGGAGAUCAGGAGAGAGAAAGCGAGAGGGACAGCGGAGGAGAGAGCAAAGAGCUGAGUGAAGUCAGCGAGGCAACAGAAAGCACAGACGUUAAAGAUUCUUCAUCUGAUUCACAAUGACGCUGCAGUUCUACACGUUUUUAAAAGCAUCACCUUUUUACUCACUUUGUGGCUGUUUCUGGUUUUACAGACUAGUUACUUGUACAUCAAAGCCACAUCUCCUGUUUUCUUAAUUCUUGUAUUUUUUUUCCUGCUGUGAUUAACAAAAACACUUGGCUUUAAAAUCAUAUUCUAUCUAAAUUAAACAGAAAUAAUUGGUCUUUUUGUUGGUGCUAAAAGUCUGUAAUAUCUUUGCAGUGAAGACAACAUAGACUUUUUAGUUUAUAAACAGUGUGACUACAAAAUAAAAUAUUCAAUAUUCAAACUUUA